CUCCUCAGUUGCUCUCUGGGUGUGCUACGGGUGGGACGUGCGACGCACCAUGGCGGAACCCACUCGAUUAUUCGCCCUUUUGUGGUGCCUGUGUUCGCUGGGGCAGGUUUUGCCGUUCAACCUGGAGCCGAAAAUUCCCAUCGUGAAGAAAGGUUCUCCCAAGUCCCACUUCGGGUACACGGUGGCGCAGCAUCAGACCAUCUUGGACACCGCGUCAGGAGUACCUUACAAGAAGUCAUGGAUACUCGUAGGAGCGCCGAAGGACCACAACCUGCAGCCGGGGACGAACCGCUCGGGCGCCCUCUGGAGGUGCCCCCUCACCACGCGAACCACCGACUGCGAGCAAGUCCAGACUGAUGGCUUCAAGAAUCCGGAAACAGGGCUCUACAACUUUGACUAUAUCGACGCGAAUUUGUCCAUGCCGGCUGAGAAUGAGAUCAAGGACGACCAGUGGCUCGGUGUCACUCUCAAGAGCCAGGGUGCCGGGGGGAAGGUCCUGGUAUGUGCUCAUCGGUACAUGCACAAGGGCCCAGGGUUCCAGUGGGGCUUUGGCCUGUGCUACAUCCUCACGCAGACACUUGACGUCUCUGAAUAUUUGGAACCUUGCCGGGGAAAGCCUGUUAAUGAAGGUCAUCAACAGUAUGGUUUCUGUCAGGCUGGAACGAGCGGUCUUCUGAUAAAUGAUGAGGCUGUUCUUGGCGUGCCCGGUCCAUACACCUGGAGAGGAACCGUACACACAUCCAAUAUCUCAGAUAAUUUCCUAUUCAAGGACAAGACACAGUAUUUUGGACCUGUGACGGAAAAGGAUUCUCCUAUGGACAAGUACAGUUAUUUAGGUUACUCUGUAACAGCCGGCCGUUUCUUUGGGAAUUACAUGUCGUAUGUUGGUGGAGCACCAAGGGCAAAGGAGACUGGUCAAGUGGUAUUCUUCACUCGCGAAAAAGUUGGUGAAAGCUUGCUGCGUGUAGAUUUAAUCCUUAAUGGAGAGAUGUUUGCUUCAAGCUUUGGGUUUGAAGUUCUUGCUGUGGAUAUCAAUAAUGACGGGCGGGAUGACCUUAUCGUUGGUGCUCCCUUCUACUACACAAGCACGUCGAGUGGUGCUGUCUACGUCUACAUGAACAAUGACGGAGGCUUUGUGGAAGAUCAUCCAUACACAAAGAUUGAAGGUGAGGCAGGUGAGAGUCGCUUCGGAUUCUCCAUGACCUCCUUGGGCGACCUUAAUCAUGAUGGGUACACAGACGUGGCCAUCGGUGCUCCCUAUGAAGGGCGAGGGGCAGUCUAUGUUUACUUGGGCACAAAAGAUGGACUCAUGAAGGAAGAUGGACAGGUUAAGGUGGCACAGGUUAUACGUGCAGAAGACAUGCCUGGAGUUCCUUACAAUGCAUUUGGUUAUUCGUUGAGUGGAGGAAUGGAUCUCGAUGGCAAUGGCUAUCCUGACCUGCUUACAUCAUCCUUCUGCAGCGAUAGAGUUCUUUUGAUCAGGGCCCGCCCCAUCAUCGACAUCCAGACCAAAGUGCAGUCUCAGAACAACCAGCUUGAGAACAUAGACCCAAGCAAAAAGGGCUGCAUUGAAGACAUCAGUUCACCAGAGACUUGCUUUUCCUUCGAUGCAUGCUUCAAGAUGGACAAUGAUGCCGGGACAAAGACCGUCCUACGCCUCAAGUACACCAUUGAGGAACAGUUGUACAAGGACCAGCCCAUAGCCAGAAUCCGCUUCUCUAAUGGGCUGCAAGAUCGACCAUAUACCGUGGAAAGAGAUAUCAAGCUCCGGCCAGAAGACAUGGGCAUAUUCCAGUGUUCACGCGAAAUUGUGUAUUUACUGGAUGGCCCAAGAGACAUUCUGCGUCCACUGAAAUUCAAGCUGUCCUACGAGAUCAUUCAAGGUCAGCCCAGUCCUGUUCCUGAAGGCAGUCCCUUGCCAGACAUUGAUGAAUUCCCAAUCUUGAACCAGCAGGAGGCAGUCAGAUAUUUCAAAGGCACCUUUGCCAAGGACUGUGGUGAGGAUGACAUUUGCGUGAGUGAUCUGAACAUCAAGGCGAACCUAAGCCUGGACCUACACGAGUCUGGUAGACAUUACCUUUUACGCUUGGGAGAACAGAACACAGUACCUCUCAAUGUAGAAGUGAUGAAUGCUGGAGAACCAGCCUACCAGUCAAGCCUCCUCGUUCACCACCACAAAGCUCUUGAGCUGAACCUCAAGGAAUCUCAACUUGGCUCGUACCAGUGUUCACGUGUGUCAGCCAUUCUCACCCAGUGCGGCCUUGGAAACCCUCUUGUAGGUACAACAGGGCCAUUAAUCCUGACCUUCAAAGAAUCCAAUCUGCCAUUUGAUGAAAAGUUCAUCCACUUCUAUGUAGAGGCCAAUUCAUCAUCUACUGAAGAGCGUUCAAAAGAUCGUAUUCAGUUCGUUGUGGAGGUGAUCAAGAGGGCUGAGAUCUCUAUUUUGCCGUCGGUUGCCCCAGAGCAAGUGUUCUAUGGAGGAGAGGUGGUGGGGCAGUCUGCCAUAAACCACAUGGAAGAGGUGGGCAUGGAGGUCACCCACAAGUAUGUAGUAGACAACCGUGGCCCCUGGAGAGUGGAUGAGGCUAAGGUGGCCAUCCUCUGGCCAUACCAGGUCGAGAACAACAAAGAGCAAGGGAAAUGGCUUCUGUACAUGACUGAAGUUCCGAGUGUAGAUGGUGCUGGAGAAUGUGAAGUUGAUUCCCGUUAUGUGAAUCCCCUUGUACUUCGCCGGACAAUUGCUUCGGCCUCAACUGGUCUUGAAGUUGAAGGAGAAUUGAUAUCCACAGAUUACCCAGAUCCUGGUGGAGAUAUAGUUACUGGGUCGGGUGAUGUAAAGGUAACAAAGAAAGUGACAACUAUCAAGAAGGUAACAAGCACAACAGACACCAAGAAGACCUCAACGAAGUCUUCCUCGAAAGAUGUUUCUGUUUCCACAGAGAGAACUACCUCAUCCAGUGGCUAUUCCUCAUCCAGUUCCUCUUCUUCAAACAGGUUUUCAUCCUCAACCUCCGAAUUUAGCAACUCAGGAUCAACGGAUGAAGAGGAAUAUGGCAGUGGGUUUGGGCAAGGAACUGGUAGAGAUCAUGGCAGAACACAUGUAAGAGUUAGCAGGAAGGUAUUUACAUCAGAUAGGUCAAAAUUCUCAGAUUCUGACUCUGGAGCAAACGACCUUGACAAAGAAAAAGAUGUGGAUGGGGAUGGACUCAUCUCUCACCAUGAAGAAACUCGCACUUCCUCUGGAGUAUCUCCUGAUGGAAGAACAAGAUUUUCUGAAACCCAUCAUGUAAAUAAGAAGGUACAUAUCAAAGAGAGCACAACUGAUGAGGACUUGCCUGCUGGACGAUGGGGACAGGGAGGUGGAUUCCGUAAGAUUUACACUGAAACUUCUAGGUCUGGAUCUUCCAGCAUUCCAUCAGAAGAAGACAGAAGAAUUUUCUCAGAAACGGAAGGUUCUUCAAGAGUAGGUAUUGAUGAUCAUGCAGGCUCUGGAUGGCAUGAUGGUUCUGCUGGAAGGGAUCACAGUGUGCAAGUGGAAGAUGGCUCACACAGAGUACAAACAGUAAAUAGGGAUGAAACUAUCAGAAGAACUCACUACGGUGGACCAGACAGGGAUGGAAGUUACAGAAGAGUGUAUGAGGAAACUAGAACCACAGGUCAUGGAAGGGUUGGAACUCAUACUGGUGGCUAUGAUGAUACAUACGAUAGAGAUGGCUUUAGGACACAAACCUUUGGCAGACAUGACAGAGUUGGAGCAGAUAGAACAGAAGGCUCAGGUUGGUCUAGAGGAUCCAGGACUGAAUAUGAAAGGAGAACUGGAGGCACUGAUGAGUCCAGGAGAGUGGGAGACAGAGACAGAUUCAACACUGAUGGUUCAAGAAGGGUGUCAGAGGGAGACAGAGUCAGGUGGACUUAUGCUGAUAACCAAGGACGUACAACGGGUAGGGGAAGCACAGGAACUUAUUCAUCUAGCAGAGGUUAUGAGAGUGAAAGAACUUUCUCUGGUGAUUAUGACAGAACAGAUGAUGGAAGCCAUAGGAGAACAUAUUCAGGUGCAUAUGAUAGAACAGGUAUUGAUUCUAGAAGAGGACAUUCUGGCGGAUAUGACAGAACAGCUGAAGAAGAUGGUUCCAGAACAUACUUUGCUGGAUAUGACAGAAUAGGUGACAAUGAUCAGAACAGACGGGUCUAUGGCAGAACGGAAGGAGAGAGUGAGUACAGAAAGAAUUUUGAUAACUACGAUAGAAGAAUAAAUGCUGGCGGUAGAGAUGAAUCAAGUGUCUACGAAAGAACAGAGUCUACAAGAACGUACCAUAGCAGCAGAAAUGAAGAUGGAGAUUUCAGAGAUGGCUCAUCAAGGUCAUCUGGAGACCAGUAUUACAGGAGAACAAACCUUGACAGAUCUAGUGACCAUGCAUCUGGAACAGAUUCCUUCAGGCAUGCCUCUGGUGAAGGCAGAGUAGAUGGGUCCCAUUCCAAGUCAGGACAUGGCACCCUCAGGACCACCACAUGGGAUUUGACUGCUGACAGUGACAGGCAUAACAGGGCAAGACAGGGCUCUCACUCAUCACACCAUCAUGUCACUAGUGCUCAAGACCAUGGUACAUUAGCAAGUGGUUCAGGUACAGGAAGAACGAGUCAUUUUGAGUCCUCUGACUCCAAUGCAAAUAGAACCUACAAACGUGUUGAAGUAGAUCCAGAGACUGGAGAAACCACAGUCUACACAAGAAGAGUGUACAGUCACAGUUGGCCAGAAGACUGGGACCACAGAUCAUUUGAUGAAGACUUACCACCCUUGGAGGAAGAGGAACAUAAAGGAAGUGACCGACAACUGAAACGCACCAAACGUGAGAGAGAACUUAUCAUCAAACCCCAGGCUGUGACAGAUGCCAAAACAGGAAAAACAAUGCAGGUUGUGAAUUUGAGAUGUGAUGGAGAUGUUCCAACAGCCAAGUGCUUCGUCUUCUACUGCACCAUUCGUAACCUAGGUGCCAAGCAAGCAGCAAGUAUUCGCAUCAAAUCAAGACUAUGGAACUCCACGCUGGUCGAGGAUUACCCUAGAGUCAGUUAUGUCAGCAUUAAAUCCAAAGCUUCAUUGAUAUUACCAGAAGACAUCCGUGAGGACCAAGACCAGUCAGACGAUGAGGCCUCAGCAGAAACUUUAGCUUAUCCAGAUCUCUUGGAUCAGCUUCCACCAGAAGAAGUGCCACUCUGGGUCAUAUUAGUUUCAAUAUUUGCUGGUCUUUUAGUCCUUUUAAUCAUUGCGCUCAUAUUGUGGAAGUUAGGCUUCUUUGAAAGAAAACGACCAGACCCAACGCUUUCAGGAAACUUGGAUAAGGAUGCAAAUGGAUACUAAUCCUUAAUAGACCUCUAAAAUAUAACUGUUAACUUGCAAGUGCCAUGUUCUGCAUUUUAAUGUGCCGAAAAUGUGAAAAGUGAUUAUAUAUAUAUAUUUUUUUUUUCUUUUUUUUCUUUUUUUUUAUUUGAUGAUAGAACAUUA